AUGCUCCACCUCCCAGCCCUCCUCGCCGCCUUCGCGUUCACCCUCAGCCUCGCCAUAGCCGCUCCCCAAGGCUUCAUCUCACAAGAAAAGUGCGCCAACUACGGCCAGCAAGCCUGCUCGUACGAUCACAAGAACAUCCUCGUCUGCAAUGUCCGAGGCAAGUGGGUGCUCGCGGCCAGUUGUGCUGGCUUGACUUGCAAGCAGCUGUCCGAUGCACCGCACUGCCUUUAA